CAUAUAUGUGAUAUAUGAGUAAACAGCAUUAUAAAUUAUUUUAUAAAUUAUAAAUUAUUGUUUAUUAUUUUUUAAAUGGUUUUUAUAGUUUAUUCAAGGACGAAAAGUCUUUAAACAAUGGCUGCUUCUACUGAUGUUGCUACAAUUAGAGCACAAAGAUAUUUAAAUGAGCCACUAAUAGAACGAUGUAGAAAUUUAGCUAUAUUGAUAGACGAGUCAAGUACUACUGAACUGCAGCUUGUUUUUCCUCUACUAAUAGAUUCCUUAUUUGGAAUAGUAGAUAAUAUUGGAUGGAAUCUGCACAGUAUUACACUUAAAAAAAAUCCACAAGAAUAUGAAGCAUUAUGCAACUUUCUUAAUCCACAAGGACCAAUGUUUUCUUUAUGUUACAAAUUACUUCCAGACUGUUAUCUGAAAUACAAUUUUCCAAUAUCAUAUCUUCCAUCAAAAAUACGUUCCAUGUUGGAAGAAGCAGUAAUAUCACCAUUUUAUCUUGAUAAAAUUAGAGAUGACCAAGGAACACGUGUUCCGUCAGCUUUAUGUAUGAAUCCCUUUGAAUAUUAUAUUUUUCAUUUUGCAUAUCAUUUGACCAAUCCUUGGUUGCAACUGCAACAAUCAGAGAAUAUAUGGGCAAAUUGGGAAACAGUUUAUGUUCAAUUAGCACAUAAUUAUUUUGAUCAUUUCCUUCCAAAGGAUAAUUCUAUCGUCCUACCAAUGAUUGGACCAUACAUCAAAAAAACUCCACCAAGAAAAUUAACUCAGUCACCAGAAUUCAGAAGAGACUGUCAGAGAUUGCAAACUCCAAGACUUCUCAAGACGUCUAUAUUAUCACCAGGAACGACAACCCCUGGAUCAGGAGUACCGCAACAACAAUAUUUAUCGCUAGUAUGGAGAAGCGAGACUAUAGUACAAGUUUUUCUCGAUUUUUGGUUGGAAUAUACAGAGGACACCCAAUUAACUUCUCAAUUAAAUACAUCUUACUUAACAAUACCGCUACGACACAGCAUACAUUCUGGUGAACAUGUACGCCUUGUAAGAGGGUUUAUAAAAACUCUGCAUGAAUUUACGAAUAGUGCAACAGGUGAUAAGAGCGCUAUGGAUGAAUUGAAGAGAAUAAUUCUUCCUUCAGUUCAAGGAAAAAUAUACACAUUUCUGCGAAAAGCAAUACAUCAUUGGCCAUUAGAUAGUUCAUUUAGAUUAAUAUUGGAAGCUUGGUUGAGUUUUAUUCAACCAUGGAGAUACAUUCCGGAAAUAACAUACACUAAAGAAGGUAAAACAGAGGAAGAAGAAAGAGGUAAAAUUCAUGAUACUGGAAGAUGGAUUUCUUUUGUUGCCAGUAAUUUAUUAGCAUAUACAGCUAUAUUUCAACAGUUGCUCCCAAGAUUUAUGAGAAUUGAUUUGGUAGCACCCAAGAAUGCAACAAUGUUAUUUAGAGUUACAAAGGUAUUUUCGCAAGCACAUUUAGCAAAAAUGAUAUGUGAAAUAGAAAGUUGCAUGGAUGAUGUAGGUUUAAGUAAAAGUCGAUUAACUACCAAUCAAUGGACAUCGAUUGUUAGGCAACAGAUUCUCGAACUGGAAGGUCCGACCUAUCAGUAUGUGCCUAUGUUUUCAUCAGCUAUCACUUCACAGGUUGUAUGGUUUUUAAGUACUAUUAAACAAGCACAUUUAACUGCGACCAGUUUGGUUGAAGCUCUGGAAAAUAGAAAGAGAGGAAAGCGCUUCUUGCUGUCUUUAUGGGAAUUUAUUAAUUGUGAAGAUUAUUCCUCAGAUGAUAUCAGUAUAGAAGAACGACGACGCGUUCCCCUACUCUUGGCUACCACUCAGCAGCAACUGAUAGAUAUAUUUCAAAUCAAACUUGAAGACAUUCCACAAGUUGCUAUAGUGGCGGAUCAAGAAUAUCACGAUAGUAUUUUAUCCACGUCUUUUUGUCAUCAAUCCCAGACGGAAUCUAGUCUUAACUCGAGUAGACCAGGUACUUUUGUAUCAUUGCAAGAAGAUAGACAAACAUGCCGAUAUAUCGAGUAUAUGGGUGAUCCAGAGCUACAGCCAAUUCGAACUAAUGAGUGUGCUUUUUUCGUUAGAAAUUUCUACAAAUUAUGCUGUUACAUUAAUCUUAAGUAUCGACGUGAGAUCAUUGCACUAUACAACAAACAGAGCUUCUUCGGUAAUAUUUCUCGACAAUUACUCAUGCCACCUGUUACGGUCGUGAAGUUACCAAAACGUACGCCUAACGGAUUUAUUAGUGGUUGCGAGGAACGACUGCCACCUCGAUUAAGUUUGCGACCUUUAGCCAGUUACACAUUUCUUAUCAGUAUAUCAUGUGGUAUAUUUAUCGCAUGGUUUACCACUUAUGGUCUUUUUAAAUUCCUGGGAUUUGUACUUUGGGUGUGGAUUAUGUAUGUAGUCAUACGUGCUAUGUUACAUCAUUAUUUUCCAUAAGAUAUAAGUUUUUUCAGAUCAAAUACAUUUUCUAGCUGAUAAUAUUUUCAGUUUUUUAAAUUACAAUAAGAUUCUACAUAAGUUAUUUUAAACAAUAUUUUUAUGAAUAUAUAAAUUAAGAGAAUAAUUAUAGGAGAAUACAUAAUUAGGAUUUCUGAAUAUAUAUAACAAUUUUCGAUACAGGCGCGCGCGCCCACACAUACACACACACACACAUUUGUAAAUGUUAGUGUGUGUGUGUGUAUAUAUAUAAACAUACAUACAUAUAUACAAAAUGUUUCUUCAGGAUUCAUGGACAAACUGCAACAGGUAUUAGGAUUCAUCAAGACAAUCAAUUUUUUUUAAAUAGUUAGUGUCCGACACAUCCUUAAAGAGCUAUACAUCUCUGGUUGGAUCACCUUUGAUUUUAUUUUCUAUUUUCUUGUUUUUCUAUUUUUUUUUGAAAUUUUAUUUAAAGAACGUGGUUAAUGUAAUUUAUUAGAUGUUAUGCACAGUAUACACAUCCAAUGCUGUCGUGUGGCUAGUUGUUUGCUUCACGGCGAUUUAAACAAGAAUGCAGUUCUUUGGGAAUGCGUCGGAAAAAAUUCAGGUUUCUUGAAAAAAGAAAUUGGUAAAAUCUACCAUCAAGAUUUAUUUCAUGAAUCUUCAAACAUUUUGUAUAAUAUAUUUUUAGUAACGUUUGUAAAUCAUACUCUUAGUUGUGUGUAUUUACAUUAUAAUUAUUU